GCGGGGCGGGGCCCGGUGGGCGUGGCCGCGGGCGAGUUCAGGUGAGUCGCUCCUGCCCAGCAGAGCUGCUCUCACGUCCAGGUCUGUCUGCACCUGGCUUUCCUUUUCCCGACCGUGCGUUUCCCUGGACCGCUGUAACUUCAGGCCCACAAUGGAGGCCCUGCGACUGGCAAAUUCGGCUUUUGCAGUUGACCUGUACAAACAGCUGUGUGAAAAGGAGCCAGCGGACAACAUCCUCUUCUCUCCCAUCUGUCUGUCCACCUCUCUGUCACUUGCUCAAGUCGGUGCCAAAGGGGACACAGCAGAUGAACUUGCACAGGUCCUUCAUUUUGAAAAUGUCAAAGAUGUGCCCUUUGGAUUUCAAACAGUAACAUCGGAUGUCAACAAGCUGAGUUCCUUUUACUCCCUGAAAUUAAUCAAACGGCUCUACGUAGAAAAAUCUCUGAAUCUUUCUACAGAGUUCAUCAGCUCCACCAAGAGACCCUAUGCAAAAGAGAUGGAGACCGUUGAUUUCAAAGAUAAAUUGGAAGAAACGAAAGGUCAGAUCAACAGCUCAAUUAAGGAACUCACAGAUGGCCACUUUGAGAACAUUUUAGCUGACAACAGUGUGAAUGACCAGACCAAAAUCCUUGUGGUUAAUGCUGCCUACUUUGUUGGAAAGUGGAUGAAGAAAUUUCCUGAGUCAGAAACCAAAGAAUGCCCUUUCAGAAUCAACCAGACAGACACCAAACCAGUGCAGAUGAUGAAUAUGGAGGCCACGUUCUGUAUGGGCCACAUCGAUGGUGUCAACUGUAAGAUCAUAGAGCUUCCCUUUCAGAACAAGCACCUGAGCAUGCUCAUCCUGCUACCCAAGGACGUGGAGGAUGGGCCCACGGGCCUGGAGCAGGUUGAAAAACAACUCAACUCAGAGACGCUCCUGCAGUGGACAAAUCCCAGCAUGAUGGCCAAUGCCAAAGUCAAACUCUCCAUUCCAAAAUUUAAGGUGGAAAAGAUGAUUGAUCCCAAGGCUAGUCUGGAAAACCUAGGGCUGAAAAACAUCUUUAAUGAGGAUACCUCUGAUUUCUCUGGGAUGUCAGAGACGAAGGGAGUGGCCCUCUCAAAUGUCAUUCACAGAGUGUCCUUAGAAAUAACUGAAGAUGGUGGGGAUUCCAUAGAGGUGCCAGGGUCACGGAUCCUGCAACACAAGGAUGAGUUCAAUGCCGACCACCCCUUUAUCUAUAUCAUCAGGCACAACAAGACUCGCAACAUCGUUUUCUUUGGCAAGUUCUGUUCUCCUUAAGUGGCAGAGCCCGGGUUAAGUCCCACCCAACUUCUCUGCCGACUCUGCAUCUAGACAACAUUUUUUAAAUACCAUAAAUUGUUAAUACUGCUGGAUCAGGAAGCCACUGGUACUCACCCUAAUAGACCUUUAGACCUUUUUUCCAAUCCUUUUUUUUUUUUUUUAAAUUUUCCCUCCCACUCCCUUAGAAGACGGUGCUUUAAGGAAUCACCUUAGAGAAAACAAUUCGUGUUCAUUAUUUGUCAGACAAUCCAGGGUUAUUGGCAGGAACACAGUCUUUCUCAAAGAAAAUUCCUCUAAGGAGGAUCUAGAGGAUUUUUAUUACCAAAGCUUAGCCUUCCCUUUCUGGGAUGCAGAAUGUUCUAACAUCCUCUUUUUCCUGGGACAUGGGCGCUGCAAAGCUUUCCUGGCAUGAAUGAGGCUUGGGGACAGUACAUCCACGGCUCCGUAUGCUGAGCAUAAGGGACCAAUUUUUCCUUCGAAGUCUGACUUUGGGGGGAUUUUAGAAAGAUAAUAUGUUGCAUAUACUGUAUGCUAUGGAAUUCCACUGACAGAAACUGGAACAGCACCCUAUAAAUCAACACCUUAAUAUGUCUGCCAUAAAAUGUAAAAUACUGGCACAACGCAAACAAAGAUACUAGGCAGCCCAAAAUAUCAGGUUUUGCUGCCAAAUGAGCGUGUCUCCUGCUUACGAAAAGACUUUGUUUUCAGAACUUUGUGGAAUUUUGCAGAGUUGGACCUGUGAUAACCAAGGGGCAGCACCUCAAUGGGAAGUUCAGGUCUCAAUAAAAAUUCGCCUUAGGACAGCACAGUGGGUUAAGUAGAGUUCCCUGUGCUAUGCAGCAUGUCCCAUCACUUGUCUAUUUUAUACAUAUUAUCCACAGUGUAUAUGUGUCAGUUCUAAUCUCCUAAUUCCUCCCACCCCAGCCCUUCCCCCCUUGGUAUCCACUAGUUAACAAUACCAUAUCCUAUAUUUGAAAGUUGCUAAGAGGGUAGAUCUUAAAAGUUCUCACCACACACAUGCAAAGUUGUAAGUGGGUGAGGUGAUCGAUAUGUUAACUCACUUUACUGCAGUGGCCAUUUCGUAAUAUAUUAGAAAUAUUCAAUCA